AUGGCUCUACGAACGUUGACCACAGGGGGAGCUCCCUGGAGAGUCCUGAUCGCAGGAGGCUCAUAUGCCGGCCUCUCCGCGGCAUUGAAUCUGCUAGACCUGUGUGAGGGUCGUCCGCCAAGAUUCAACCCAGCGUUCAAGUUCGAGGACAUUCCGGCAGUUUUCACAGGAAAGCUCACACGCAGGAUACCUGUUGAGAUCACCAUUGUGGAUGAGAGGGAUGGUUACUAUCACCUCAUAGGCUCUCCGCUGGCCCUGGCAUCCAAGGAGUAUGCGGCGAAAGCAUGGGUCAAUUUCAAGAAUGUACCAGCACUGCAAGACCCGAGCAUCAAAGUCACCCAAGGCUCGAUUGAGUCGGUCGAUUGCGAAGCUCACAAGGCUACAAUCUCGCUGCACGCCAGCCAGAGGAAAGAAACCUUGCAGUACGACUACUUCAUCGCCGCCACAGGUCUGCGCAGGCCAUGGCCAGUCGUCCCACAAUCAUUGACUCGAGAGACUUACCUCGCCGAAACGGCAGGCAACAUCGAGUCCUGCCAGGAUUCCGUGAUAGUCAUCGGAGGAGGCGCGGUCGGCGUCGAGACGGCUGCGGAGCUCAAGCUGGUGCGGCCUGCGACCAGGGUCACUCUGGUACAUUCUCGUCAGCAGCUGCUCUCGGCUGAGCCUUUGCCGGGUGAGUUCAAGGACGCUGUUGCGCCUCUGGUCCGUGAGGCUGGCGUUGAGCUCGUGCUGGGUCAGCGUGUUGCUUACUACGCUGAGCGCAACUCAUGUCCUGAAAGCAAUCUCACACUCCACACCGACGACAACAUACCUUCCGUCUGCUGUCCUGGACGCAGAGGCUAUGUCAAGAUUGAGCCAACACUGCACUUCAGUGGCGCUGAUCACCACUUCGCCAUCGGCGACGUAGCACGCUGGUCCGGGAUCAAGCGCUGCGGCGGCGCCAUGCACAUGGGCCACCACGCCGCACAUAACAUCUACCAGGAACUCGUCUCGCAACGAAUCGUGCCUGACGAAGCAGAGGCGCAUCGUAAGCCGGACUACCUGGAACUCAACGAGUUCCCACCUGUCAUCGGCCUCGCGGUCGGAAGGAAGGCGAUCAGCUAUGUCGCUGAGCAGGGCGUAAAGCAGGGUGAGGAGGUGUUGCAAAUGAUGUUUGGUGAUGAUUUGGGGUGGAGUAUCUGCUGGAACUAUAUGAAGCUGGGUGACAAGAAUCUGGUGCCAGGAGAUGAGCAGGAUCUGGGGCUUCGGGAGCUGGAGUUGGGAGGGACGGUUGAAAAAGAGAGGCUGGAGAUGAUCAACGGGAAGGGCGGAGAAAGGGUAGCGGUGAGUGAGGUUGUUGCCGCUGUUGCUUAA